AUGUUUCCCCAAACUUUGGUUAUUGUUUUGUUAACUGUAAGUUAUUGUAAUGGAAACUACGAAAGAAAGCGAUUGCUAAGACAUAAUUUAUCUGAACAUUACAACCCUGAACUGCUUCCGGUUCUGGACUCAAACAACUCAAAUCCCCCAUUACAGGUACAUGUCAAACUAUAUUUAAUGGCGCUACAAGGACUUGAGGAUAAAUCACAACUACUGAGAGCGUCAUAUUUCUGGUACUUUACAUGGAAAGAUGAAAUAUUCAGAUGGGACCAUUACUUCGAAUAUAAGAACAUAUCAAGACUGACAGUUAAAGCCAGUGAUGUAUGGGUUCCCGAACUAUAUAUUGUAAAUGAUGUAAGGGACAUGCGUAUUAGUACUGGAGAUAAUAAAGAGUAUGUGAUUGUAAAAUCAAACGGAAACAUGACAUGGUUUCCAGCAAAAGAAUUGCAAACCUCAUGUGCAGUUGAUGUUUCAAAAUAUCCUUUUGAUACACAGACAUGUAAAAUCCGAAUGGAGGCCUGGUAUCAUGACAACACAAGCUUUGUUCUUAACAGAUUUGGAUCUGGAAUAGAAACGUCGGAAGUACACUUUGUUGAAAAUGGAGAAUGGGAAAUUCUUAAUUUAUCAGCCUAUCCGUUCCAGUACCGGGAUUAUGCUUCUGCUUAUUCAUGUAUACAUUAUACUUUAAUUUUGAAAAGACGAUCGUCUUACCAUUUGAUUACAACAGCGUUUCCAUUUGUGGUUUUAAUGGCACUUAAUUUAUUGGUCAGCGUCAUUCCAACAGAAUGUGGCGAAAAACUUGGAUUCUGUAUGUCACAGUUUUUGACAAUGAUUGUGUUUCUUACAUUGAUUGCUCAAAACAUGCCUUCCUCAUCAUUUACAAUUUCGUACCUCACAUUUCUCAUCAGUUUGCAGAUUUUGAGAUAA